CGCAAUUCGCCAUUCUCUUCUAUUUCACUGUUUUUCGGUCCCUGUUCUUGUCUCAGGCAAAAGCAAGACAUUCCUCUCUUUAGUCUUUCUCGCUCCGUCUUCCUUGCUGGAAAGGUUUGUCUCUUUCUCUUGCUCUGUCUUUUACCAUGGCCGAUGAGGAUUCAAAGGCAGCCCUUUCUGUCACCGAGAAGAAUGAAUUGGAGCCGCCGAAGGUUACGACGGAGUCUGAUUCAGCCAAUAUAGCAUCUGCCUCAGCUGUCGAAUCUGAUUCGGCGACGGCUAAUACUGAAAACACAGACCUGCCUACUCCCCCGCUGUCGGAGUCACUGGCAGCAGAAGCUACUUCGGUGGUAGAGACAAAGCCGCCGCCGCCGCCACCAACCAGUGAUGACAACGAUUUAAAAGCUGAAAGUUCAGAUUCUAAAGAGGAUGCUGUUGGGGCUCAGGACGAGAGAUCGAAAAAGUUGCCUCAGAAUCUGGUCUCGUUCAAGGAAGAGAGCAACUUAGUGGGUGAUCUCUCGGAUUCUCAGAGAAAUGCUCUUGAAGAGUUGAAGAAGCUGGUUCGAGAGGCACUAGAUACUCAUCAGUUCACUUCUUCGGGGCCCACCAAAACGAUGCCGGCGCCCACUGAAACCACUACAGCAGCUAAGGAAGCUGCAAAAGUUGAGGGAGCCACUUCGGAAUCAGAUGCCAGCAUGGAGGUACAUCCACCGCCUGAAACGAAAAUUGAAGAAAAUCCAGUUAGGGAAGCAGAAGAAGUAGCGAAAGAAACAUCCGAGGAACAUGUUUUCAUAUGGGGAGUUCCUCUGCUCAAGGAUGACAGGAGUGAUGUGAUUCUGCUCAAGUUUCUCAGAGCCCGAGAUUUCAAAGUUAAGGAUGCGUUUGUCAUGAUUAAGAACACAAUAAGCUGGAGGAAAGAGUUCAACAUUGAUGCACUUGUGGAUGAAGAUCUUGGAGAUGAUCUAGAGAAAGUGGUAUUCAUGCACGGUUAUGAUAGGGAAGGGCAUCCCGUUUGUUAUAAUGUCUAUGGAGAAUUCCAGAACAAGGAGUUGUACCAGAAAACAUUCUCAGAUGAAGAGAAACGAGCCAAGUUCCUCCGAUGGCGGAUACAAUUUUUGGAGAGGAGUAUAAGGAAGCUUGAUUUUACUCCUGGUGGUGUCAAUACCAUUUUUCAAGUUAACGACCUUAAAAAUUCUCCUGGGCCUGGCAAGCGGGAGCUUCGAAUCGCCACCAAACAAGCUUUGCAAUUGCUUCAGGACAAUUAUCCCGAGUUUGUUGCCAAACAGGUUUUUAUCAAUGUGCCAUGGUGGUAUCUUGCAUUCUAUACUAUGAUCAGUCCAUUCAUGACCCAGAGGACCAAAAGCAAAUUUGUUUUUGCAGGCCCAUCAAAGUCCGCUGAAACACUUUUCAAGUACUCUUCUCCUGAGCAAGUGCCCAUUCAAUAUGGUGGCCUAAGUGUUGAUUUAUGUGAGUGCAACCCAGAAUUCAGCAUGUCUGAUCCAGUCACGGAGAUACCUAUAAAACCAACCACAAAGCAAACUGUAGAAAUCAUUAUUUAUGAGAAGUGCAUUAUUGUGUGGGAGCUGCGAGUAGUGGGCUGGGAGGUCAGCUAUAGUGCGGAAUUUAAACCUGAUGCAAAAGAUGGAUAUACUGUUAUCAUACAGAAGGCCACAAAGAUGUCCCCAACUGAUGAGCCAGUGGUUUCCAAUAGCUAUAAAGUUGGUGAACUUGGCAAGAUACUGCUUACCAUUGACAAUUCCACUUUGAAAAAGAAGAGGCUCCUGUACAGGUUCAAGAUCAAACCUCUCGGUGAUUGAGGGAAAAUGAUCGGUAGACUGAAGUUAAUUGAGGAGUAAGAAAAUGCUGUUGUCAUCAUUCAUUGAAUCCAUAAUCCAUAGUUUUUCAAUAAUUUUGGUCAUGAUCAUUUUGUUUGUGGAUUGGCCUACUAUUUUGAUUGUACUUAAUAUGUAUUAUCUAGGUAAACAUUUACUAUUUUGAUUGUGAAGAGUAAUGCUAGGGGAGAGUGUAGCACUUGGAUUUGGAUUUAGAGUUGAUUUGUGAGAUGCUAUGUGUUACCUGAAACAUCUUUUACUUUGGUGUGGAAGUGUGGAUGUAAAUUUUUGUCCUCAUGUUGUCCUUAUCCAGUUUGAUCUUGGUCAGUCUUUUGCCUUUUACUUUGAUAUCUGUAUUUAAGCCUCCUGAAUCUCAUAAAUAUGUAAUAUAAGAGGUGUAAAUGAGAAAUAUGCAUCAUGUUUUUUUAACCCAAA